CCUCACGCUCUCCCAGUCAUGUCUCUGCCGUCGCUGGCCUUGCUCGUCGCCCUCGUCCCUGCGGUUCUCGCUGCCCAGGCGCCCCAGUUUGCUCCCGCGGCUCUGACGCCCCUCAGCACCUCCACCAACUACACCGGCGCGACCAACAGCACCCUCGCCAAGCAGGCCGUCGUCCCCGGCAAGGUCUUCGACCGCUUCAUCCAGAUCUGGCUCGAGAACACCGACUACAACGACGCUGCUACCUCCGCGGCCUUCUCCAACCUCACCGAGCAAGGUCUCCUUCUCAGCCAGUAUUAUUCUACUACUCACCCAUCCGAACCCAAUUAUGCCGCUGUCGUUGGUGGUGACUUCUGGGGCAUGGGUGACGACAACUGGUAUAACAUCCCUGCCAAUAUUUCGACGGUGAUUGAUCUUCUCGAGGACAAGAACAUCUCCUGGGCCAGCUACAUGGAGAGCAUGCCCUCUGAUGGCUUCCAGGGCUUCAACUUCUCGUCGGCCAACUACCUCAACUCUUCCGCACCGCCGUACACCUACUACGUGCGCAAGCACAACCCGCCCAUUCUCUACGACUCAGUCGUCCAAGUGCCCGAGCGCCUCGCUCGCAUCCGCAACUUCAACGAUCUCGCGGCAGACGUCAACGCGAGCGCAGUCCCGCAGUGGCUGUUCAUCACCCCGAACAUGGUCGACGACGGCCACGACACCUCCAUCGACUUUGCGAGCGACUGGCUCAACUUCUGGCUCCCGUCCAUGCUCUCUGACCCGGCCUUCAACGACAACCGCACGAUCAUCUUGCUGACCUUUGACGAGAACGAGUCGGACGACAUUAACAACCGCGUCUACACCCUUGUGCUCGGCGACGGCCUGCCCGACAACCUGCGCAACACGACCGACGACACGUACUACACGCACUACUCGGCGCUCAGCACCGUCCAAGCAAACUGGGGCCUCAAGUCCCUCGGCCGCCAGGACACCAACAAGACCGUCUCAAACGUCUUCACCUUCGUCGCGAACGCAACCAACUACACGAACGUGGCCGUCGCCCCCUCCGCGCUCCCGCUCACGAACCUCACGGGCGUGUUCGACGGCCCGCUGAACGCGAACCAGUACGUGCCCUUCACGGCGCCGAACAUGUCCGCCGUCGGCGCCGGCGGCCAGGGUGUCUUCGUCGCGUCCUCCCUCAACCAGAGCUUCACGUCCGCCGUCGCGCCCGCGCCCGUGAACCUCACCGCCCAGAACGAGACCGUGCCCGCGUCCGGCCCGCCGAACGCCAGCAGCUCCGCGGGCGCGCCCGGCGCGUCGGGGUCUGGCGCUGCCUCGGGCGGCGGGUCGAGCUCGGGCGCUGUCGAUGCCAGGACGGUCUCGGGUGUCGUUGUCCUCGGAUUGGGUGUGCUUGUUGGUGCUGCGCUGCUGUAAAAUGCUUGUUCCUAUUACUAGGAAGAGGCGGUGUUCUUUAUUUUGUACAGUAUUUCCGUUCUUGUGGGUGUAAUUGAUACUUGUAACGCAUGACGGAUUUUCAC